AACCAAAUUACCGAAAAACCAAUCUCCUAUUUUUACAAAAUUAUUUCAUAGAAUAUGUUUAGAUUGUAUUGUAAGUGUAGUGUGUACAAAAAUCAAAUAUCUGCAGUGAGAUUCGUUGUGAGAAGAGGAAAGUGUUCAAAAAUUAGCAAAUUGAGAGUUUCAGAACUUGACUCCGGUUAUGUACCACAUAAAGUAGAAGAAGAAUUUGGCAUAGCAGACGAUUACUUCAAACCACCACUUCAACAUGCAAAACCAUUCACCAUUGUCUUACCACCACCUAAUAUCACAGGUACAUUACACCUAGGUCAUGCGCUUACAGCUACUAUAGAAGAUGUAUUAACGAGAUGGAAUCGAAUGCAAGGCAUUCAAACUGUAUGGGUGCCAGGAUUUGAUCACGCUGGAAUAGCAACUCAAGUAGUAGUUGAAAAGCGCUUGUUGAAGGAAUGCCAAAAAACUAGACACGAUCUUGGAAGGGAACAAUUCCAGAGGAAAGUUUGGGAAUGGAAAGAACAAAAUGCCCAUAUCAUAGGUGAUCAAUUACGACGUCUUGGAGUUUCACUUAAUUGGGAAAGAGAAAUGUUCACAAUGGAUGAAAAACGUUCGAUAGCUGUUCAGGAAGCUUUUAUAAAACUCUUCGAAUCAGGUUUGAUCUAUCGGGCAGAUCACUUGGUGAAUUGGUCCUGUGUUCUCCAGUCGGCAAUAUCUGACAUUGAAGUAGAGCAUUUAUCUUUAGACGGACCUACACAUAUUUCUGUACCGGGAUAUGAAGAUUCUAUCGAAUUUGGAAUUCUGACUAAAUUUGCCUAUAAAAUCGAAGAUUCAGAUGAGGAGCUAGUUGUGGCAACGACACGACCAGAAACUAUGUUAGGAGACGUCGCCGUAGCUGUUCAUCCUGAAGACGAUCGUUAUUCUAGAUAUGUUGGCCGUCAUCUGUGGCAUCCAUUCAGAAAGGAGAAGAUACCUGUGAUCCGAGAUGAUUUUGUCAGCAAGGAGUUUGGCACAGGAGCUGUCAAAAUAACUCCAGCGCAUGACCAUGCAGAUUUUGAAGCAGCAAAAAGGCACUCCCUUCCUUCCCUACAAGUGAUCGAUGAAACCGGACGUCUCAAUACAGAAUGUGGUCAAUUCAAAGGACUCCGCAGGUUCGAGGCAAGGAAAGUGAUUGUAGAAGAAUUGAGCAGAUUGCAAUUGUUUCGAGGAACGGAGGAUCAUGCGAUGAUUGUGCCUAUCUGCAGUCGAUCUAAAGAUGUGGUGGAACUACUAGCUCGUCCACAAUGGUUCGUUAAGUGUGCUGACAUGGCAGCAAGAUCUGUUGAUGAAGUGAAAAACGGAAAUCUAAAGAUUACUCCUAAAAUAUUCGAGAAGACGUGGUUCGAUUGGUUAGAAAAUAUUAGGGACUGGUGCAUCUCUCGACAACUUUGGUGGGGCCAUCGCAUACCAGCCUACUUAUGCUAUCCUAGUUCUGACGCAUCAAGUCCCACAUGGAUUGCAGCAAUGAGCGAAGAUGAAGCGAAGAAGAAAGCUUCAGCGAAAUUUGGCGUUGACGCAGAAGCGAUUGUAGCUAAAAGAGACGAAGACGUACUUGAUACGUGGUUCUCGUCUGCAUUGCAGCCGUUCGCAGCGUUUGGUUGGCCAGAAGAGACUAAGGAUCUCUCGAAGUUCUACCCGCUCUCUCUCAUGGAAACCGGGCACGAUAUACUCUUCUUCUGGGUGGCGCGUAUGGUGAUGCUCGGAACACAGUUGACUGGAAAGCUACCUUUCAACGAGAUUCUUCUACAUGGAAUCGUAUGUGAUGCUCAUGGCAGAAAAAUGUCGAAAAGUCUCGGGAAUGUCAUAGCCCCAGAGGAUGUGAUCAGAGGUGUUACUCUGCAGGAAAUGGAAAACACAUCCAAAGCUAGUCACUCCUCUGGUAUACUUUCAGAAGAAGAGCUCAAGAAAUCUAUUAGAGGGCAGCAAAAAAUGUUUCCACAAGGGAUUCCAGAAUGUGGAUCCGAUGCAUUGAGGUUCACACUUAUGUCUCAUAACAUCAAAAGUCACUAUAUCAAUUUUGACGUGAACGAAUGUUAUACCAAUAAAUUAUUCUGCAACAAGAUUUGGCAGGCCACAAGAUUCACCAAUUCGUGGUUCACCACCAUCAGUGAUGCUCAAGACAUAAAGAAAGCCAAAUUCGAUGAUCUUCUGUCGAUGGAUAGGUGGAUACUCAGUAGAUUGUCAUUGAUGGUUUCGAACACACAGCAGGGAUUGCAAAAUUAUGAUUUUCAUAAAUGUACGACAGCUUUGAAGACUUUUCUCUACUAUGAUUUCUGUGAUAUAUAUUUGGAAACAACAAAACGUGGCUUACGUCUCUCUAACAGUCCUGCAGCUUCAGGCCAUUGCUGGACCCUACUUACAUGCCUGGAUGUAGGCCUAAGGACAUUGGCACCGUUUAUGCCACUUUUAUCGCGUCAUCUCCACCAAAGAUUACCGCUGCUUAUUGGCGAGGAAAGGCUACUGGACUUUCCGAAGGAUUUGAAUUGGCGUGAUGAGAGUCUAGAACAAGAUAUCAAUGACAUGAUGGACGUUGUCAUCGCCAUAAGAAGAUUGAAGAAAAUUCUCAAUGUAACAGCAAAGCAUGAACCAAAAGUUCGCAUUUUCACUUCCCUUCCUUCUUUGGGUAGUUAUUCCGAAACGAUAAUGGACUUAUCUGCCUGCCAUGAGGUAAACAUUCUAGGAGAGAAUCUAAACAUGGUUUCUAGCGAUGAAAUCAAAGAUACGGUUGGAAGAACUACCAUCUGCCUCGCAGUUCCGGAAGACAUCAAGAGGGCUAUCGAGAUAGACUUUCCGAAAAUGGAAAUUAAAAAAGAAAAAUUGUUCAGACAGUUAGAAAAAUUGAGAAAAAUGACUUGUGGAAGUACUUACAAAAUGAACGCAUCUUCAGAAGCACAAGAAGUGCAUUCGAAGAAGAUUGCAAAAAUAGAAGAACAAAUUUCAAGAAUAGAAAACAUCCAGAAGUUGUCCAGCAGUUAGCAACAGUCAUAUUCCUUCGAUCGACCGUGAAGGUAAACAUGUAUUUUUAUGAAUCCUACACAUGUAACAAGAACACGUUGAUUGGAGUUCAUGAAAGACUGAUUAUGUCAUUCGAAUCAUUCAAUGACAGUCUGUAGUAUUCUGUACGUACUCAAUGUGUAAAAGCGUGAUUUGUACGCACAUAUUAUGUAUGAAUGCGAGAAUAAUGUAACAAAUAAUACAUUCUUUAUUUAUUGAAAUUGCAUUCUCUUUUGUUUUCAGUAGACCAGUAUGACAUUUAAUCUCUUUCGACAGGUUAUAAACUGUCACUUUCAUAAAUUACUUUUUCCCACGGAAAAAAGUGAGUACUUUUUCCCAUUGAUGUGUCUACCGUCUUUUAUAACUGAGAUACAGCAUGUUAUCUUGAUUUUGGCACAAUCUUCAUCUGGUCAUAACUUUUGAA